UGACAAUGCGCGGCGUUUGCUGUGGGGGGAAGUGGGGGGUGCGUCGCAAAAGUGGGUCGCCGCGGUGCUCGCGACGACGACUAGUCAAGUUCAAGGCCACGCACGCCGGGAAAGACCCCCGUCAGGCCAUAGAUGGCGCUGCGCGAUUCGGUAUUUGAAAUUUUUGCGAGCUCGGGGGUGCGACGCGGGGCGGGGAACGUGGUGCGGGAACGAAUUUUCGGUGCAACAUAUACACGACACGACGCUGCACUCGUGUACUGAUCGUCGCGACGCGCAGUACUUUCGCGCGGAACCUAGACACAGACUCGAGCUAACUUAACACACUCCAAAGCCGACAUGGAUUGGAUGGAUAUGGACGAGGUGGUGCAAAUGAUGUCAGCUGUGAGUGGCGACCCAUUGCUACGUCGAGUGAAGCAAGAGGCAGAUCCUACACCUCAGUACUCGCCGCCGGAACCGCAGCCCCCGCUCACGCCACAGCUGCACCCGAGGACUAUACAAAUGAUGCAGCCUUCAGAGUUGGAUCUCGAGCCGAAGGAAGAAGUGAAGUUCUGCGUUUCUCCCGGUGACGGCACCAUAGUUGGCAACACUAGUCCAGAGCAGCAGCACUGUUCAUCCACCACAGCUGCAGCAGCCAGCGGUGCCCGCGACGACGACGCCCCGAGGCGACUCUGUCUCGUCUGCGGCGACGUCGCCUCCGGCUUCCACUACGGAGUGGCUAGCUGCGAGGCGUGCAAGGCGUUCUUUAAGAGAACCAUACAGGGCAACAUCGAAUACACAUGUCCUGCGUCUAACGAAUGCGAGAUCAACAAGCGGCGUCGCAAAGCCUGCCAAGCCUGCCGGUUCCGCAAGUGUCUGCGUACGGGCAUGUUGCGUGAAGGAGUGCGUUUGGAUAGAGUGCGGGGAGGAAGGCAGAAGUACCGCCGCCAUCCCGACCAACCCCCGCCCGCGCCCCGUCCGAUGCUAGAUGAUAUCAAGGUCUUGGAAGCGCUAUCUUCAUACGAGCCGGAGAUGCUGACUUGUGCCGCGACCCCGACAGGGGUCACUGACCCCACCGCCAAGACUCUAGCCCUGCUGGCCGACCUUUACGACCGGGAACUAGUCGGGGUCAUUGGCUGGGCCAAACAGAUACCUGGAUUCACGGACCUCCAACUCAACGAUCAGAUGCGCCUGCUACAGAGCACAUGGGCGGAGAUGCUGAGCCUCAUGCUGGCAUACCGCUCGAUGCCGGCGGGCGGUGCGCUGAGGCUACGCUUCGCUACCGACCUGGCGCUCGACGAGAAGCAGGCCCGGGAACUGGGUGCGCAGGAUAUAUUCACUCAGGUGGCCGGCGUCGCCAAAAGGCUAGAAAGUGCAGCGGCGAUGCGCGAAGAAUGCUAUUUAUUAAAAGCCCUAGUCCUGGCCAAUUCCGAGGCGCGUAUCGACGAGCAUGCCGCGCUCAGACGGUUUCGCGACGCCAUUUUGGCAGCGCUCAACGACGCUGUCAGUGUGCUCAGACCUUACAAUGCGAACGCCGCGUUACAACAGCUAUUACUAGUAAUGCCGGCGUUAAGACACGCGGACGUCGCCGUCCGCAGAUUCUGGUCGGGAGUUCAUCGCGACAGACGCGUGCCAAUGAACAAACUGUUCGUAGAGAUGCUAGAAGCUUGUCUACGGUAGAUCUUCUACACCAUAGACAACACACACGAAGAGCCCGAGUGUCCGAACUACGAAUCUGAUCUCUGAAGACGCGUCUAAAAAACAAACUCUUUAUAAAACUAGAAGCUAGUCUGUGGUAGAUCUAGACAACGCAGACUCUUAGACACCGCAUCGGAGGCGCCGGAGUGAUCGUUUAAUUUGCUAAUUCCCAAAGCAUGCCAAUAUAAGGAAGAAGAAGACUUUACCACGACUUAGAUCUGAAGUGCAACGCGAUAGAAACAAACUCUUUAAAAAGAUAUUAGAUGCUUGUCUACGGUAGUUCUUCUACACCAUAGACACCACAUACGAAGAGCCCGAGUGUCCGUACUACGAAUCUGAUCUCGAUAGACGCGUGUUAAAAAACAAUCUCUUUACAAAGAUGCUGGAAGCUUGUUUGAGGUAGAUCGGCUAUACGAUAGACAACGCAGACUCAAAGACACUGUAUAAUAGGCGCCCGACAGAUCGUAUUACGAAUCAGAAACAACGUCUUCAUAGAAAUGCUCUAAGCUUGUCUAUGGUAGAUCGCUACAACAUAGAUAACGGCUGUAGACACCGCAUACGAUUCGCCUAAGUAAUCAUUCUUCGAGUUUGAUCUCGAAAGACGAGUGUAAAAAGUCUUCAUAGAAAAAGAUGGAGGCUUUUCUGCAGUACAUCGUCUGCAAAAGAGAGUGCAGACCCAUGGACAUCAGAUACUAAUAGCCUACGUACCAGAAUGUUGGUUCUGACUUGGAGUUCAUCGCGAGUACACGCGUGUACAUCAUAGACAAUACAGACAAUUGGCAGCUCAUCAAAGAUUAACAAUCGUAUUGCCGCCUACAAAUAAAGACAAAUUUUGUAAUAUUGAUUUAUGCUCAACAAAGGGAAAGAAAAGGCCGCAAAAAGCGUGAUGAAUGUGAAGUUAUAUCAAAUUCUAACUAUAAUUAUUACGGCUAUUUGUUUCUGGAAUGAUAAAGCAUUUCGAAAGCAAUUCCAAUAUGGACGGCGAAGGCAUAAUGAAAUCCAAUUUCAUAACUAAUUAAAUAUAAGACAUGCAGGUGCCAUUGUUUUGACGAAACACAGCUAAUUUUUCACUUCGGCCCUCUGGCGAUGCGAUCACAUGAUUGAACAGAACUUUUGUAAUGCGGUGUUUAUGUGAAAACAUGUUCCAGUAAGUGUCUGUAGGGAGUAUAUUGUAUCUCUAAGCAUCCAUUCAGACUUCAGAUCGAUGUAUCAUUAUGGAAGGUGAGAACGCUAUUGUGAACCUUCGAUGUGAGCGAAACGUGUAAUCAGUGUACCUGUGUAUGCUAUUGUACAUUCGUGGACGUGCGGACAUGUACCUUUAACGCUAUAGUGUACCUUCUAUGUGAGCGAAACGUGUAAACGGUGUACCUGUGUACCCUAUUGUACAUCCGUGGACGUCCGGACUUGUACCUUGAACGCUAUAGUGUACCUUCAACAGUGAGAAUAAUAGUGGGUUGUGCGGUGGCCGUGUUGAUUCCUUUAAUUUUCCCUUUUACAAAAAAGGUGCAGGGUCGCGACCGCUUCUUGUUAUGUUACGUUGUAUUCCGAAAUAUACACUAGUACCCUGGCCAGCGGUAAUGACGUCAUGAUUUCGACGCUAUAUUGCACUGGUGUGCCGCCAUAUUCUGCUGUUAAGAAUCUGUGACGUAAUUAUAUAAAUUUGUCGUAAUAGUUUUCAAAUAAUCAGUUAAAAUUUAUUAUAAUUUUUGUAGCAUGAAUGUUGCACACAAACAUGAGAUUGCUUGAAUAUAGCGCCAGUUCAUGACGUUACCACGCUGAUCAGUGUAUUUGGAACGAAUCAACAGCAUGGCGUCGAUUCAUGACGUCGUCACCGCUGGCUAGCGUACCGGUGUAUAUUUCAGAAUACACCCCUAUUCUUAUUUCUUUUUAUUAAAAAAAAACUGAUACAUCACCAGUGACAUAUCAAGUGAAAACUUAUUGUUUGAUUUUUUAGCAUAUAAUGCAUUUAAGUGUGGUAGGAAGUUCGGUUCGAAUGUAAAUAUUAAUGAGUUAUUUAUUUGGUGAACUCUUUAGUGUAUAGAUUUAUGGCUGUGAGUGGCUGUUUGUAAUGUUCUCCUUAGCUUCGUUCCCAGUGUCGCGUCCCCGCGCCGUCAAUGUACAAAACAAUGGACGUAUUUAGUACAAAACUUGUUACUAUUUUUGUAUGAUAUAAUUAAAUAUAUAUAUAGUUUUACUGUGCUCUAAGAGAUUAAGUAUAGUCGAAGAGAAAUGUACUUUGUGUUGAUCCGCAAGUAGGUUUUAGACUGCACACUUUGACUAUUGUCAAUCGAUUUUGAAGUAUUGUUCUUAGAUAUUAUUAUAUUCGUUUUUUAAUGUUUAUAAAAUUGAGGGAUAGAAUGGAAUUGUUAAGAAGAUAAUCUAUAUAGGUGUAUGUAGUACCCUAUCACUGUGUUAAAAAGUCCAAGAUGUGUGUUAACUAAACCGUGAAUCGUAGAACCCAUAGGCGAUGUAAAAUAAUGGAUUUUAGAUACAAUAGGGUAAUUUCAAAAUUUUUGAAAACUGCAUAUAUUUAUAGAUUGGGACAAACGGAUUAACAGAAAAAUAUAUUAAAUAAAUUAAUGCCCUUCUUUCUCCAUUAAACCAAUUAAAGUUGAAUUUAUUUUUAAUGGUUUUGAAUUUCCUGCCACGACGCUCGGUGCGAUGCCGUCUACUGUGUGACGUCAACUUUGUGUAUGCUAUGUAAUCAACUGAAGGUCAAAUUAUUAACUUUUUUUACGUUCGGGAUAAAUUUAUAGUAUACUUA